AGUCAUAACAAACCUUCACUCUCGAAGCACAAAAGAAGCUUAGGGUUUAUAAUCAACGCGUUCCCUUCCGUCCCUUCCGUUGAACGCUUCUCUGAUCUGAUUACUUCAUCGCCGUCGUCACCAUGCCGCAAGGGGAUUACAUAGAACGUCACAUAAGAGAUUAUGGCUACCGCCUGGAUCACUUCGAGCGCAAGCGCAAGAAGGAGGCUCGUCAAGUUCACAAGCACUCUGCAAUGGCCCAGAAGACUUUGGGUAUUAAGGGCAAGAUGAUUGCCAAGAAAAAUUAUGCUGAAAAGGCAUUGAUGAAGAAGACUUUGGCCAUGCAUGAAGAGUCGACCUCUCGGCGUAAGUCUGAUGAUAAUGUUCUAGAUGGAGCUGUUCCUGCAUAUCUUUUGGAUCGUGAGAACACGACCAGAGCCAAGGUUCUCAGCAACACCAUUAAGCAAAAGAGGAAGGAGAAGGCUGGGAAAUGGGAUGUUCCUCUACCUAAGGUUCGUCCUGUGGCUGAAGAUGAAAUGUUCAAAGUGGUCCGGUCUGGUAAAAGGAAGACCAAGCAAUGGAAGAGGAUGGUUACAAAAGCUACAUUUGUUGGGCCUGGUUUUACCAGAAAACCUCCAAAGUAUGAGCGGUUCAUUCGUCCUACAGGAUUGCGGUUCACUAAAGCUCAUGUCACUCAUCCAGAACUUAAAUGCACAUUUAAUCUAGAAAUAAUUGGAGUGAAGAAAAACCCUAAUGGUCCUAUGUACACCUCUCUUGGUGUCAUGACCAAGGGAACUAUAAUUGAGGUGAAUGUCAGUGAACUGGGUCUGGUCACACCUGCCGGGAAAGUUGUUUGGGGUAAAUAUGCCCAGGUUACCAAUAACCCAGAAAAUGAUGGUUGUAUAAAUGCAGUUUUGCUUGUUUAAGGUAAAUAGAAAGGAUUGGAGUUCCAACUUGACUUCAAAAGCAGUGGUCAAGUGCCUCCUAUGAUGUUUGCGGUCUUGUAUGAAUCACUGUAUUUCCAUCCCAAAUGUGCGAGGAAAGGUUAUACAAUCUUUGUUGGUACCUGAGAUUUUGUAUGGAAAAUAGUGAAGCAUUUUUGUUUUCGGAAUUAAUACUGACAUGUUCUAUUAUUAUUCUCAUUAUUCGGAUAGUCAAUCCAAUGAUCAAAUUUAGCGCUUUAGCAUUUUAAGUUAACUAUUGUACAAGAGUUAGACAAGUGAGGUAAAUUUAUAAAGUUAAGACGCAGUAUUGUAGGUAGUUGCACAUUAUGUUAUGGUAGAGAUAUUAUCAUGUCAUGUAUUGCCAAGUUUUAAUGAUGAACCACUAGUGCA